AUGAUUCCUCGAGACGUGGAUGACGCCGGGUGUGCGAAAGGUGUCGGCGCUUUCAUUUUGUUGUCGUCGAACCCAUUUGCGUUGGGAGGAUUCAUCGAUUUAAGCCCAAGGGUCUAUAACUUAAUCUCUGCUUCCUAUUUGGUAAUUGAAAAUGGGAGGGGUGCUCGAAUCGAUGAAAGCUUAAGAAAAUGCAAAGCUACAUUUGAGGAAUUUGAUGAGGAUGGGAAUGGUGCAAUAGAUCCACAAGAGCUGAAGAACUGCUUUCAUAAGCUGGAGAUUAGUUUCACAGACGAGGAAAUAGAUGAUCUCUUUGAGGCAUGUGAUAUUAAUGAGGACAUGGGAAUGAAAUUCAAUGAAUUUAUUGUUCUUCUUUGCCUUGUCUACCUUCUGAAGGAUGAUCCAACUACCCUGCAUGCUAUAUCUCGUAUGGGAAUGCCAAACCUUGAAGCUACAUUUGAGACGUUAGUCGAUGCAUUUGUGUUUUUGGACAAAAACAAGGAUGGUUAUGUGAGCAAGAAUGAGAUGGUGGAUGCAAUAAAUGAAACUGCUGCAGGGGAACGAUCUUCUGGGAGAAUAGCCGUGAAAAGAUUUGAAGAGAUGGACUGGGAUAGAAAUGGAAUGGUGAACUUCAAGGAGUUUCUUUUCGCUUUUACUCGUUGGGUUGGAAUUGAAGAUAUCGAGGAUGAAGGGGAAGACAGUGUCUGA